ACAUGGAAUCAGAUCAAAAUACAUCUCAUAUUACAGACACCCUUUGCCUUGAUUUCAGCUUUGCACACUCAUUCUAUUCCCUCAAUCAGCUUCAUGAGGCAGUCACCUGAAAUGCAUUUUAAUUAACCGGGGUGUCUUGUUAAAGUUAGUUUUUGGAGUCUUUCCUUCCUAAUGUAAUUAAUCCGUUGUUGUGACAAUGUAGGGUUGGUAUACAGAAGACCAGCAUUAUGUCUGUAUUGUCUGGAUUCAUUUCAAAUAAGCAAAGAGAAACAACUGUCCAUCAAUUCUUUAAGACUUGAAAACCAGUCGAAAUUUGGAAAAUGUAAUGAAUUUUGAAAAUGUCUUCAAGUGCCGUCGCAAACAUUAUCAACCGCUAUGAUGAAACUGGCUCUGAUGAGGACCGCCAUAGGAAAUGAAGACCCAGAGUUCCCUCUGCUGCGGAGAAUAUGUUGAAUAGAGUUACCAACCUCAGAAAUCGGCAAUUAACUGGACCAAAGAUUGCAGCCCUAAAAAAAUGCUUAACAGAGUUCAAGUAAGAGACACAUCUCAACAUAAACUGUUCAUAGGAGACUGUGAAUCAUUUGACUGGACAUCUGUCCUUUUUGAGAUUUUGAGAUUUUUGGUUCCAACUUUGUGAGAUGAUGAGUGGGUGAACAGAUGAUCUACACGCGUGGUUCCCACAGUGAAACAUAGCGAAGGAGGUGGGAUGGUGUGGGGGUGCUAUGCUGUUGACGCUGUCAGUGAGAACAGUGUGUCCAAAAGUUUCUGGUACUGAAAUUAUGUUGCACCAAUACCAACUGGGGAAGAUUUGACUGACAGAAACUUUAAAAGGCUAUGAGCCCACUAUCAUAAAUUUGGAUCACUUCAUGCAAUCAUCGCACUAUAAACAUAUAUUCAUAGAUAGAUUACACAAUAUUCCAUUAUAUUCCAAUUAGUCAUGAGAUGGAUUUCUCAUCCACACACCUGUCAAAUGUCAUUCUUGUGUGGCUAGAGUGGUGGUCACAGUGCAACAGCGUGUUUCUCUCUGUAAGCCGUUCCAUAUUCUGGUUUAAGUAACUAAAAAGGUUUGGUAAUAUAAAGUGAGCGAGCAGGAGGGAGAGGGUUACAUGUUACAGAAGUCAAUGUGCUGCAGGACAAGCCAGCAGUCGGUCAGGCUAACACGUGGGUCAUGUCAGCCAGGCUAGCCAGUGACUGCAGGGUUUUUUGGUCUCUCCAAAAUAUCAUAUAACAGCUGUACUCAUGUUUCCCUGAAAUAGCUCCCUGUGGAUAAACAAGCUUCAGAAGAGCAAAACAUUUACCUUAGCAGAGAGAAACCAACACACUUCUACAAAGAAAUAACUAACAGAACCCCAGCGGAUCUAUCAGUUGUUUCUCUCUUCUUACCACUAGACGGAAUCUGUUUUGCGAAAAAUGCCUCGAAAGAUUUCAAAAAAAUGGCACAAGACAAAGAAGUACCAGAAAGAAGUGAUUGCCACGGCCCAGGCCACAGGUUGCGUUCUUCAGUUCUGGAACUGUCUCCAGGUGGGGGAUGAUUUGACCCUCAUCGGCAUUCUAGCUGACCCAGAGUGCGAAGACCUUAUCGAUGCCACCUACGACACCAGCGACAUUGAGGAGUGGAAGAACUUCGGGCAACACUACAGAACCUUGAGACUGUGGUCUCUGACCUAUGAGCAGGAGCUGACCACCCCACUGCACAUCACGUCAGGCCGGGGCUAUGUUGACUGCCUGAGCCACCUGCUGCAGAGAGGGGCCAGUGUAGACCUAGCCCCCGGGGGCAUCACCGCCCUCCAUGAGGCAUGUCAGAGCUGCCAGCCCGAGUGUGUAAAGCUGCUGCUGUCCUACGGUGCCAACUCCAAUGCCGUCAGUGAAGAAGGGCUCAUGCCCUUGCACAUGUGCACCCGUCCUGAGUCCCUGGAGUGUGCAAAAUACCUGCUCCAAUUUGGUGCUGCAAUCAACGGGCGGAGCCUUGACGAGGACAACACACCGUUGCACGUGGCGGCACAGAAUGGGCUACUGGAUCACGUGGAGAUGUAUCUGCGCUAUGGCGCCGCUCUGGACAAGCAGAACUACGACAAUGUCACGCCGCUCAAUGCCGCUUGUUCACAGCCACAGGAGAAAAAGGAUUUGGAACGGUACACAAAGGUGUGCGAGAUGCUGCUGCGAGCGGGUGCCAAAGUCACCACCGAGGACCUGGACAACCAGUCUCCGCUCCACAUGGCCUGCAAGAACGUCAACCCAGACAUGGUGGAUCUUCUUCUGGCCCGUGGGGCCUGUGUCAACGCCAUGUGCUACAGUGGAGACACCCCCAUGCAAAACGUCCUCAAGAUGGUGGCUUACAAGCCAGAUCACAAGCCAGAGAAGGUGGUCCGAUCUCUGCUUAACCACGGCUCUCUUCGGGUGUGGCCUGAAGCACUCCCCAAGGUUCUACAGUACUGCAGUGUCUCCCCGCGGACCAUAGAGGUUCUUCUGAAUGCAUACGACCGCCUAAAAAUCACAGAUGACUGGGUGAAAGCUAUCUCACCAGAGAUGUUUAUGGAACACAAGGGAUUCUAUGAGUCGCUUUUCUCCCUGCAAAAGACCCCUCGUUCCCUUCAGCACCUGGCUCGCUGGAAGCUACGGAACUACCUGCAAGGACGGGUACACAAGGUGGUGCCACAGCUAGAUCUGCCCACCUUCAUUAAAAACUACCUUCUCCUUGAUUUCAGAGACCAUCUCCACUGAGUUACAGCUCAUUCACUAUGUACUGUAUACUGUAAUGUCCCAGUGAAUCGAUGUCUCACUCCACUGGGAAUUUGGUAUUUGACACUUUAUGUUUCUAGUGAACAGGGUCAGCUACAUACAUAAGCAUCAUAAAAGACUGCUUAGGAUACAAGGCAAUAGUUUAUGGUGAUGUGUAGAAUUGUAGGAAAACCAUAACAAUAACAAAUAUGUGAAUCAUGCCCAAAUAUUAGAAUUGCAUGAAAUAUGUAAUAAAAUAGCAAUAUUUGUAAAAUUUUUGAUGUUUAAUGUUGCCUUGAGGCAGAGAACCAACAAAUUGUAUCAUGUAACUCAUCACUACCUACAGUAUCUGGAUCCAGGAUUCUUGAGAUUGAAGUGUGAGUAUUGUGUCAUUUUUUGACACAAUAUAUUUCAGGUUGAUAUUUGAUAUACUUAGUAACUUUACUUACUGAAUUAUUUGUAUUGAUUCACAAGUUAAAAGUAAAGAUAAAUGCAGUCAGAACAAUAUUACUAAGUGAAAGUAUCUUUGCAAUGAACUGUAUUGAUUCACAUGGAAAGAUAUAUAUAAAAAUAUAAAGACAGGCAGAAUAUUGUUACUGCACGUUACCACAAGAGGGUGGUGUAGUCUAUCAAUUAUACAUUAAUGAGAAGUACUUUAUUGGAUGGGUGACUUCCUUUAGGUUUGCUUUUCAUUCUUUUUCAAAGUAAGGCGGAACUUUUUUUUAUUCUAAGUGUUAUCAAUGGCACUGAAUGUACUUAAAGAAGUAUACAAGGAAAACCAUUUACAUAUUUUAAUAUGUAGCUUUUUUAAUUGUACUUAAGUAUAGAAAUUAGCACUAUUGCAUAAUCUAAUGGUAGAUUUAUAGCAAUAACCAUUUAUGGAUGCACAGUAAUUAAUAGAAAAGAGGAUUGACAAGGCUACUACUUUUACCAAUAAAAUCUUAA